AUUCAGCAAUAAUUGCAGAUAUUGAUAUUGUCACUAUCGAAUUGUGACUAUCAGCUGUUUUAUCCAUGGAGUUCACCAUGAAGGUUUUCACUUCAGAUUUGAAAAAAACCUAUGCCUAGGUGACAACAACUGGCUUCGUCGACUCGUAUACAAACAUAGAUGUCCCCACAUUUAAAACUGUAUCAACAAUCGAUCUGCGGAUUGUUAUUGAUACAUUGGGAGCCCCAGAUGUUACCAGUGGUUGGUAGUUUCUGGUGCGUUCUGAACGAGUUCAUGCGAGCUUCAGGAGGCUAGCUGCUUCACCAUUUCCAAUACUUAAUAACACAAUCGAGGUUGCUGUAUACAAAACUUACUCAAACAAUCAAUACCAUUCCAUUCCGGGUUUCCAAAUUAAAUCAAUAGCAUCACUGCACCCAUGACGGUCUUCAAACGUACGGUUAUUAUCAAAUGGGCGUUGAGAUUCGCUGUUUCGUUCGUAUAUCUAAAUAUGCUCAUUUACACUCUGGAUCUGACCUCCUUUCGUAGUGUAACAGGACGUUUUGGAACGCACACUAGCGGAGAGAGGUUAAACGGAACUGUUGCUAAAAACAUCAGCUCUCUUCCGGUCACAACUAAUGCAACAACGGAACCGCCUGAGUCGACCGCUGUUCCCGGUGCUAGUUCCAACAAGGAAGAAGAAAAUGCUCCGCAAGAAUUAAUUAAUACGUUUACCGUCUAUAUCUGCCCUCCUAUUCCCCCAAAUCUGGAGGGGCCAAUCAAAGUAGAUACCACUUACGAACCGCUGAACGUGAUAGAAGAUAGAUACAGAAACAAACUACAACCCGGAGGACAGUAUAAACCACCCGAUUGCAUGGCGCGCCAUCGAGUGGCCAUUAUUGUUCCGUAUCGUAAUCGAGAGCAGCAGUUGCCGAUCUUCCUCAAGAAUCUACACCAGUUUCUCAUGAAACAACAGCUCGACUAUAGAAUUUACAUCGCUGAGCAAACGCCUGGCUCAACGUUUAACAAGGCUGCGAUUAUGAAUGUCGGCUUUACGGAGGCUAUGAAGCAGCGAAACUGGGAAUGCCUGGUUUUCCACGAUAUCGAUCUGUUGCCGUUGGAUGACCGUAACCUCUAUACUUGUCCCGAUCAACCGCGCCACAUGUCGGUAGCGGUAGAUACGUUUGGUUUUAAGCUGCCUUACGAAUUAAUCUUCGGUGGAGUCAUUGCCAUCAGCAGCAAACAUUUCCGGAAGGUGAACGGAUAUUCCAAUUCCUAUUGGGGCUGGGGAGCGGAAGACGACGACUUGUCAAACAGGUUGAGACAUUAUGGCUUGCAUAUUGCCCGCUAUCCUAGUAAUAUAGCACGGUACUCGAUGCUGAGUCAUGCGAAGGAGAAAAGGAAUCCGAAAAUGCUCGAGGUACUAGCAGACGGUAAAAAGCGCUUCGACAUUGAUGGGUUAAACUCGUUGCACUAUCGACUAGUAAACCUUACAAACAAGCCUCUUUAUACGUGGAUUUACGCAGAGCUCAAAUUAGACAUCUAUUAGGUGGUAUUAAAUCUACAGGGCAGCUGAUGAUUAUCGUUCCUGGCACAUGGGUUAUGAUAGAAGUAGAUAUUUCCCUUGAAACUACAACAAAGCGCAAAGACGUACCCCAGCAUCCAAGCGACGCUACUUAAUCGCACACCAGACUAUUAUGUUUCUUUUGCAGUAUUUCGCUAUCAGCAUUGUGUUCGGUAGGUUUGAAUGAAAAAUAAAAUUAGCUCUCCUGGAGCUCCUCAAACCCAUGGCC